UUUAAAUCUCGCCUUCCGAAACCAAUGUAGCAUCUUUGAGCGAGAAGGUCAAAUCCACUGCCCCCCUCACCUUCCGAAACUGUCGCCAGCAUCUUUGUUCAGGAGCGCGGGAGAUCCAGAAGCUGCCCAAACCGUGGAAUGGCCAAGACGAAGCCCGGCAAGAAGGAACUCGAUUCCUACACCAUCAAGGGCGCCAACAAGGUCGUUAGAGUGGGCGACUGUGUGCUGAUGCGGCCGUCGGACGCGGAGAAGCCACCGUACGUGGCGCGGGUGGAGCGGAUCGAGGCGGACCACCGCGGCAGCGCGCGGGUGCGGGUCCGGUGGUACUACCGCCCCGAGGAAUCCGCUGGCGGCCGCCGCCAGUUCCACGGGGCCAAGGAGCUCUUCCUCUCGGACCACUACGACGUGCAGAGCGCCCGCACCAUCGAGGGUACGUGCGUCGUCCACUCCUUCAAGAGCUACACCAAGCUCGAGGACGUCGGCCCCGAGGACUACUUCUGCCGGUUCGAGUACAAGGCCGCCACCGGCGGCUUCACCCCCGACCGCGUCGCUGUGUAUUGCAAGUGCGAGAUGCCAUACAACCCGGACGAUCUCAUGGUCCAGUGCGAGGGAUGCAAGGACUGGUUUCAUCCAACUUGUAUGGGUAUGACGAUUGAACAAGCAAAAAAGUUGGAACACUUUAUCUGCUCUGAUUGUUCAGCUGAAGAUGCUGCUGAGAAAUCUUUGAAACCUUUUCCUGUAUCACCAGAUUCUGAACUUAAGGUUGAAGCCAAGAGGCGCAAGAAGUAAUUGUCGAUUACGGAAGUGGCUCAUGGAAGGUUUCACUAAUAUGAAAUUGUAGUCCUGGAUCUGCUUGCACAGUGGGAGUCAGUUCUCUAACUUGUUCGUCUAGUUUGGUAACACAUUGGUUCUUCUUUGGCUAAUUGGAUGAUUUG